CAUCAUCUGGCUACCACGGGCUACCACCAGCAAUAGCCUGCUUUGGGAGGGCGUCAGUACGCGACACGACUUCGACACCCAAGAGGUUGCGAGUCUCGCCAGUGUCGUCAUCACUCGACUCCGACCCGUCAUCAAUAAGCUACCAACGCCCACGUCAUCACCUAAAGCUCUGCGUCCACCCUCUUCCUCUCCCCGACCGCCUUAGCUACAACGCCGCCCUCGCGCUCCUCAGCCAUGUACUAGGACGCGCCAGACGAACUGCGGGAUACGACACAGCUUCCCAUCUGGAUCGCGCAUCACAAUGGAGAGCUACGCCGGCAUCAUGGCGGAUGGCGGCACCGGCCAGAAGCUUACAUAUGCCACCAUCGUGGUAUCAGGCGUCGCGUCCCUGAUCGCCACACUGAUGUCUAUUGUCUCCAUCUUUCUUCAGGCGAAAAACUACCGAAAGCCUCUCCUGCAGAGAUAUGUCGUGCGAAUCCUUCUCAUGGUCCCCAUCUAUUCCAUAGCCUCCUGGACAAGCAUGAUCUCUCUAAAAGCCGCCGCAUUCCUCGACCCCAUACGCGACAUAUACGAGGCCUUCACCAUCUAUACCUUCUUCCAGUUACUCAUCAACUAUAUCGGCGGCGAGCGGGCCCUUAUUGUCAUGAUGCAUGGCCGAGCGCCAGUUCAACAUCUCUGGCCAAUGGAUCAUGUCUUAGCCAAGGUUGAUAUCUCAGAUCCGUACACCUUCCUGUCGAUCAAACGUGGCAUCCUGCAGUACGCCUGGCUGAAGCCGAUUCUUGCCUUGGCAGCUGUUAUCAUGAAGGCCACCGGAACGUACCAAGAAGGAUACAUUGGGCUUACCUCGGGCUACCUCUGGAGCGGCAUCAUCUAUAACCUCAGCGUCACUCUGAGCCUGUACUCACUUGGCCUCUUCUGGGUCUGCAUGCACCGCGACCUACAGCCCUUCAGGCCGGUCCCCAAGUUCUUGUGUGUCAAGCUCAUCAUCUUUGCAUCGUACUGGCAAGGAUUCUUCCUCUCCAUUCUUGUCUGGAUAGGCGCUAUUCCGGAUAACGUCCAGGGCUACACACCGGACAAUCUGGCUGCGGCCAUACAGGAUGCCUUGAUUUGCAUUGAGAUGCCCAUGUUUGCUGUUGCUCAUUGGUAUGCGUUCUCGUGGCAUGAUUUUGCAGAUGAUAGCAUUCUAUCUGCACGCAUGCAACUGAACCACGCUUUCCGUGACGCCUUUGGCGUCAGAGAUUUGAUCGAAGAUUCCAAACUCACAUUCCGUGGCGACAGCUACGGGUAUAGGGUGUUCGACUCCGGGGAUAAGGUCAUGGCUCACGAAGAUUCCCGGUCGAGACUGGCGAGACUUAAGGAGGGCAUGCGCUACGAACGUGGCGGUAAAGGAAAGUAUUGGAUUCCCAAGCCUGGAGAGAUCAACACGACGACUCCGCUCCUCUCAUCUAACGGAGAGGCGAGCUCGAAUCGACCUGACCAAAUGAAUGAAAACGCCCACGGCACCUUUGAGGAACCUCAGAUCCAUGCGGAUGAGGAUCGUCUGUAUGACAUGGCACGCCAGCUGGAAUAUGGAGAUUGGAAUUAUCCUGUCAUUACAGCCAGUGAACCAUUAAGAGAUCGAUACCGCUCUGCAAGAAGCUUUGGCUCCAGGUCUCCUUCUUAUACGCCACCCGCAAGGUCACCAGCAGUCGCUGGAUCGUCCACGCGCGCGCCCACUAGCAAAGGCAAACAAAAGAUUGCAGAACCCGAACCCCAGGCCGUGGUUCCAAUCAAGAAGAAGAAAAAGGCCAAGAAGGUUGUGAAACAUGAGGAGCCGGACCCAUCCAAGCUCGGGCUUGGAAAGGGCCCUCCACCGGAGGCCAGCCCAGCACCUGGCUAUGACGGAGUAGAGAGCCCUGUCAACGAAGAAGUUGGUGAGUGGGGAAGCAGCGCCCAGAGUCAACCUCAGCAGGAAGAAGAAGAUUACAUGUCGAGAUACCAGGUUACAGACAGUGAUGGGUUUGGGGAUGUCUGGGGGAGAGACGAGGGUUCUAGGUGAAGUGUGAACUUGUUUAUACCAGAUACCCUUCAGGCUACCGCGGAAGGGUGUCGCCUUGGGUGCAUAGCGAGGAGUUUAUGGUUGAUCUGCG